UCUCUCUCUCUCUCUCUCUCUCCACUACCAUCGCAUCCAUGGCCUCGUUCUCCUCUCCUCUCCCCAUUCCCGCCCCCAUCUCCACCUUAUCCCCUCCCCCCCGCAGAACCCAUCUCGCCAUUUUCCCACGGAGGAGCUCCUUCGCGUUCCUCGCGAGAUCCGCGGACAAUGGCGCGGGUGGUGUGGGCUCUGUGGUCGCCGUAGAGGAGAGGGCGGAGACGACGAAGGGGGAAGAAGCUUCCUCGUUGGACGCUAAAGCGAAGGAGAAGGGAGCGGAGAGGAAGGAGGAGGCCCCGGGAUCGAACGGCUCUGCGGUGAAAUCGCAGGUGGAAGCGUUUACGGAUCCGCGAUGGGUCGGAGGGACUUGGGAUUUGAAGCAGUUUCAAAAGGACGGGAAAACCCAUUGGGAUUCGGUCAUAGAUGCUGAGGUGAGGAGGAGAAAAUGGCUCGAAGAUAAUCCGGAAGCUUCAAGCAACGACGAGCCUAUAUUAUUCGACACAUCAGUAAUCCCCUGGUGGUCAUGGGUCAAAAGAUUCCACCUGCCUGAAGCCGAGCUGCUAAAUGGUCGCGCAGCUAUGAUCGGGUUCUUCAUGGCUUACUUCGUCGAUAGCUUGACGGGUGUAGGUCUCGUCGAUCAAAUGGGGAACUUCUUCUGCAAAACCCUACUAUUCAUAGCAGUUGCAGGUGUUCUUCUUGUAAGGAAAAAUGAAGAUGUGGAGAAAUUGAAGAAGCUGCUUGAGGAAACAACUUUCUAUGACAAGCAGUGGCAAGCAACUUGGCAGGAUGAUAAGAUUCAAAGUGAUUCCAAUAAAUGAUGUCUAUUUCACUAGGAAUUGUUUCUUUUCGUAUUGUAGCUUAUGUUUCUUUUGUCGCUCUUUCCGGGCUUUUUCUCUAUAAUAGGUAAGUAGCAAUUGGAGCCAAAAAAAAAAAAAAAAAAAUUCCAUCCUUUCUCUUCAGAAACUAAAUGUACUAUUCUCAUAUACUUUUAUCCUGGUUGAUUCUAGCUAAA